CUGUAAUAACUCCACAGUGUAGAUAAUGAUCAGGAGAAAUGGUGCCUUGCCAGACCCACGUGAUGCUGAAGUGGCAGGAGCAUCUGAACAGCUCCUGGGCGGCGGAGGACAGCCAGACGGCCACGCGCCAGGGGGCUGCAGGACUCUACGCCAAACUGCUACACAAUAAGGAAGUGGUGGGGKUGGCCCAGCCUGUAAUGGACUUGAUUGGCCCGCGCCUGCCAGACUUCCAGUAUGAGUCCAGUGCUGCCGAGGAGCGGGAGGAGUACCUGUCGUCGUUACUCCACAGCCAGCGCUGCCUGGCCCACCGUGUGCUGGCACGGACCCCCUAUGCCCUGGGCCUGCACCACCGCCUCGUGGUCCUCCAGCGGAUAUACUACGCCCUCCACAGCAAGUACCACGACCGCUUCCGGGCUCCUGCUCCCCCUCAGACCAUGGCUAGCCAGGACAGUGGGGCCAUGGAGGCUGCCUCAGAGCCCUGGCUGCCUGGAGGAGCGUCCAGAGUUAAAUCAGGGACGGAUGUUCUGAUAGAGAUGGGCGUACGGACAGGGCUGAGUCUCCUCUUCGCCCUGCUGCAGCAGAACUGGCGGUACGCCCGCGAGGACCCCGGAGUGGCGCUGUGUAACGAUGUGUUGGCUACCGCUUCCUCUGUCCUAGCCUCCCUGCCCCCUCUCUCUCUGGCCAACGAGAACAAGAUCCCAGCGGUGGGGCUGGACUGCCUGGCUCAGGUGGCAGACUUCCUGAAGAAGACGUCUGUGAGCUCUGGGAGUGGAGGGGCAGAUCGGGCGGGACGCAGGCUGGCUCUGGAGCUGCUGCUGGGCCUGGCUGUCCAGAGGGGCUCCCUGAGAUUCCUGCUGGAGUGGGUGGAGGUGGCCCUGGCUGCCUCUGCUGCUUCCUCUUCCUCUAUAACAUCCUCCACCUCCACGGGGUCACAACAGUUAAAGUCAGAGGGUGGAGUAGGCUAUGACCUCAUCUAUCAAACACUUCUUCAAAUGAGGCAGUACUCG